AUGGCCACUCAAGGAAAAGCCAUGACUGCUGCUCAGCGUACAGCUUCAUCGCCGCUCUACAUCACCAUCUACAUCUUUCUGGUGCUGUUGGGGAAUGUCGGUAAUUCUAUAGUCAUCGGAGUGGUCGGGGAAAGUAUUCUGCGAGAGCCGGGAGUCGUCCGCAGUUCUGACGUGAUCCUGGUCAACAUGGCUUUCUCCAACCUGAUGGUGUCGUUGGUGAGAAACACUCUCCUGGUGAUUACUGACCUGGGAGUGGAGGUGUUUCUUGGUAAAGACUGGUGUCGUAUCAUGAUGGGUGUCUGGGUUUGGCUCCGUUCUGCAAACGUAUGGUCGACGUUCUUUCUCAGUGCGUUUCAUUUUCAAACGCUGCGUCGGGUCGCUCCACCCAUCGUCAACAUUCAUGGCCCACGCGGGCUCCCAAAAUCCCUCACACUCGGGUUUUUCCUCAUCUGGAGUAUCAAUCUGAUCUACUCGAUUCCAGCGUUUAUCUUCUCCAAGAAUGGAGGCGAGAACUCCACUGAGACAUUGAUGUUGGUGAGCAGCACCACUCGGCCACUGCUGGGCUGCAUCUGGAACUUUCCGUCAACCUACAGUGGCCUGACCUUCGCCACGUCCUCCAUGGUGAUCCACGAGGUAUUUCCAAUCUGCCUGAUGAGCAUCACAAACCUGGGCUCCCUGGUGACACUGUACACCCACGGACACACGCGGAACUCCACCAACAAGAGCCAGGAUGCACCGGUCAUCAGCCGCAUCCCUGCAGAGAGACGGGCGGCUAAGGUGAUUUUGGCUCUGAAUAUCCUCUUCAUAUUGUCAUGGGGCACCAGUAUCAUCUCUGUCAACUACUUCAACUAUAACCGCGGCUCUUCAACGGAGUUCCUGCUCAUCGUGGCGCGCAUCGGGAACAUCACCUUCAUCGCGCUGUCUCCCAUCAUCCUCGCUGUGGGACAUAGGAGACUCCGAGCAUUCAUAAAGUCUGUCCUGUCUCGCAUACUCUGA